CAAUUAUUGCCAGUAUGUUUGCUAGGCAGUGUGGCUUUCGCAGCUGUCCGAUCGAUCCGCUGUUUUAGAUCAUCUCCGCUCUCCGCAGGGUUUGUGUAUCUUGGGGAUUGAAGACUUGUGGGAAGUAUUGAAAAGCCCUACUGAGUAGUAUCCAGCGAUUUGUGUUAAGUGAAGUCGAAGGACACAGGCGCCAAUCGUUUGCCCAAGUUUCGUAAGCAUGCCGAAGAACAAAGGAAAGGGAGGCAAAAACAGGAGGAGGGGAAAGAAUGAAAAUGAAGCUGACAAAAGAGAGCUUAUCUUCAAGGAAGAUGGACAAGAGUAUGCCCAGGUAGCCAAAAUGCUGGGCAACGGCCGUCUGGAGGCCAUGUGCUUCGACGGCGUAAAGCGACUGUGCCACAUCCGCGGCAAGCUGCGGAAGAAGGUGUGGAUCAACCAGGGCGACAUCGUGCUGGUGGGGCUGCGCGAAUUCCAGGACCAGAAGGCCGACGUCAUCCUCAAGUACAACGAUGACGAGGCGCGCAAUCUGAAGACGUAUGGCGAGAUCCCCGACUCGGUGCAGAUCACCGAGGCCGGCACCUUCGUCGGCGACGGCAUGGAUGACGACAUCCAGUUCAACGACGUCGGUGGCGACGACUCCGACUCGGACGACGACAUCGACAACAUCUAGCGCACGUUU